UUUAAGGUUAGAAACGAUUGAAUAAUAUCAAUUUCUUCCUGGACAUCUGAUGUAGUUACAGUACCUGCUAGACUCAAGAAAUGGCCAAGUAUUUAGCACAGAUUAUUGUUUUGGGCACACAGGCGAUUGGACGUGCCUUUGCCAAGGCAUUGAAACAAGAGAUAGCAGCUUCACAAGAGGCUGCACGUCGUGCCGGUGGUGGUCGGCAGGGCGAGAAGAGGGCAGAGGCCAAUGCCAGAACGGGCAUGACACUGGAAGAGGCCAAACAAAUCCUAAAUGUAGAAGACUUGAAAAAUUUCGAAGAAAUCACCAAAAAAUAUGAACAUUUAUUUGCGGUAAACGACAAAGCCAAAGGUGGCUCAUUUUAUCUGCAAUCCAAGGUGUUCCGUGCUAAAGAACGUAUCGACCAGGAACUGAAAGAGGCUUUAAAGGCAGCAAAACCAUCUGCGGCAGCGGAUGAUGCGACGGGGUCCGCGGGUGAUAAACAACGAUGAGUGGUCAUCCACAAGUAGGUUUGUGGUUGACGCGCGGUGUAUAGAUGUGUUUAAGAGAUUGUUUUAGAUCCAUAGCCAGACGUUAAAAAUAUUGCUUUAGUUUUAAUGAAAGUGUUUUUUAUUUUAGUACGUUUUUUAAUUGUUAUUAAAUGCAUGAAAUGAAAUGAAGACACGACACGAUGUAGUAAAGUAAGCUGAAUUCCUAUCAUUUA